GGCCUCCCGCCCUUCCCCUUCCCGCCCGCUCCCCUUUUCCCCUCAGUCGACUCGCGCCUCCAGUGUUGGCAUUCACUCCCACCCGUGACCAAAGACUUGACCACUCAAAAGUCCAGCUCCCUGUAACUACUAGACAUGGACACCGGUGUGAUUGAAGGUGGAUUAAAUGUCACUCUUACUAUCAGGCUACUUAUGCAUGGAAAGGAAGUUGGCAGUAUCAUCGGAAAGAAAGGAGAAUCUGUUAAGAAGAUGCGCGAGGAGAGUGGUGCACGUAUCAACAUCUCAGAAGGGAAUUGUCCUGAGAGAAUUAUCACUUUGGCUGGACCGACUAAUGCCAUCUUCAAAGCCUUUGCUAUGAUCAUUGAUAAACUGGAAGAGGUGUGUGUGUGUGUGUGUGUGUGCUUUGUAUUUUCAACAAAUAAAACUGGGAAGUUGAAAUCUGAGAUUGGACCCCCAGUUACCUUACGGCUCGUGGUCCCUGCUAGUCAGUGUGGCUCUCUCAUUGGAAAAGGUGGUUGCAAGAUCAAGGAAAUAAGAGAGAGUACAGGGGCUCAGGUCCAGGUGGCAGGGGAUAUGCUCCCCAACUCAACUGAGCGGGCAAUCACUAUUGCUGGCAUUCCGCAAUCCAUCAUUGAGUGUGUCAAACAGAUCUGCGUGGUCAUGUUGGAGUCCCCCCCGAAGGGCGUGACCAUCCCGUACCGGCCCAAGCCCUCGAGUUCUCCAGUCAUCUUUGCAGGUGGUCAGGACAGGUACAGCACAGGCAGCGACAGUGCGAGCUUUCCCCACACCACCCCGUCCAUGUGCCUCAACCCUGACCUGGAGGGACCACCUCUAGAGGCCUAUACCAUUCAAGGACAGUAUGCCAUUCCACAGCCAGAUUUGACCAAGCUGCACCAAUUGGCAAUGCAACAGUCUCAUUUUCCCAUGACCCAUGGCAACACCGGAUUCAGUGGCAUUGAAUCCAGCUCUCCAGAGGUGAAAGGCUAUUGGGCAGGUUUGGAUGCAUCUGCUCAAACUACUUCUCAUGAACUCACCAUUCCAAAUGAUUUGAUUGGCUGCAUAAUUGGGCGUCAGGGCGCCAAAAUCAAUGAGAUACGUCAGAUGUCUGGGGCGCAGAUCAAAAUUGCAAACCCAGUGGAAGGAUCUACUGAUAGGCAGGUCACCAUCACUGGGUCUGCUGCCAGCAUCAGCCUGGCUCAGUAUCUAAUCAAUGUCAGGCUUUCCUCGGAGACAGGUGGCAUGGGGAGCAGCUAGAACAGUGCAGAUUCACCCAUAAUCCCUUUCUGCUGUUCACCACCACCCAUGAUCCAUCUGUGUAGUUUCUGAACAGUCAGCGAUUCCAGGUUUUAAAUAGUUUGUAAAUUUUCAGUUUCUACAUACUUUAUCAUUCACUCAUGAUUUUUUAAUUAAAAGCGUUUUAAUUCUUUCUCUGUUCAGCAGUUACGCUGAGAUAUCCAUAUUUAGUUUUAUAAGCUUCUCCCCCCCUUUCCUUUUUUUUUGGGGUUUUUUUGGCUCAUGAAUUUUUGUUUGUCAUGGAAAUGUAAGAGUGGAAUAUUAAUACAUUUCAGUUUAGUUCUGUAAUGUCAGGAAUUUUUCAAAAAAAAAUUAAAAGAUGGACUGGAGCUUUUUCUUUGUGAAUAGAAACUGGAUGCCACAGUGACUUAUGUGGGUGUUAUUCCUGUCUUGAUGUUAUUUUUAUACCUUUAAACCUUCACAGAGCCCUGGCUGGGUUUGAAUAGAAUUAAGAUUUUCUUCUGUUUUACCACUCCA